AACACACAGCCAAUUCACCACCGAUAAACCUUCCCAAAACCUUCAGAUUUCUAACUGUAUGAGCCUUGAAUACACGGUUACACCUCUCUGUUCCUCCGCGAAAUCUUAUGAAUUUCUGAGUUUCUGAGGCAGUUUUCUUAUGCCAAUUGAUGCGCUUUAUGCUGCUGAAUGUGCUCUAGCGUCUGAGGAUGACGACGGCAUUGUCUAGCUAUCAGCUUCAUCCACAAAACCCCUUGCUGAUGGAUUCGUUCCAGACAUCGGUUUACAAAUUCCAUGCGGCAGCGGCGUCUCGCCGGUUGUUCAGGUAUGGCCCUUCCGUUCCUAUCAAACAUUGUCUCUUCAGUGCAAAACCGAUUUCCAGAGACUUCCGGAGGGAUCCGUGUAAACGAUUCAAUCGUUUGCUUAAUAACGAGAAAAUCGGAUGGAAUUUCCCUAGCGGAGCCCUAAUUUGCAGUAAUAGGGGGAUUUCGUCGCGGAGUUCCUGGUUGGAUAAUUGGAAUGCAACCUCGAAGCCUCAUGGUAGGAGAAAGCCUCAGGAAGCGAUAAACUAUCGAAAUCGAGGCGAUGUAUCGAGCUCGGAUGCUGAAGAAGGCACCAGUACCAGUACUCGUGGCAGCACAAUGGAAAGGAUCGUCGAGAAGUUGAAGAAAUUCGGGUACAUUGAAGAUGUUGAUGGUGAUAAGAACAGGGAGAUGAGUGGAAUGGUUGAGAAAGGUUCCAUUGAAGACAUCUUCCGUGUUGAGGAAGGUUUGUUGCCCAACGCCAAUGGAGGAUUUUCAGAGGAGUUCCCUUUUGGAGAUGAGAAUGUGGUUGCAGUAGGCAAUGGGGAGGUGCGGUUUCCAUGGGAGAAGAGUGAUGCCAAUGUGCCGAAACCGUCGGUCGAUAGUCGGAGGAGACGUAGUUUGGCAGAAUUGACACUUCCCGAAUCGGAGAGGAGACGGCUGACGAAUUUGGCUCUCAGGGUGAAGAACAAGACGAAGGUAGGGGGUGGAGGGGUGUCACAAGAGGUUGUGGAGAUGAUCCGUGAGAAAUGGAAGUCGUCCGAGGUUGUUCGGCUGAAGAUCGAAGGAGCUCCCGCGCUUAACAUGAAACGAAUUCACGACAUUUUGGAGAGAAAAACUGGAGGACUGGUUAUCUGGAGAUCGGGUACUUCAGUUGCACUUUAUCGAGGUGCGACCUACGAAGAUCCUACAAAAAAAUCGAAGAAAAGGGUAUUCAAAAGAAAUGAAAAACCUCACGAGAUCCCUUCCGCCACAGACAAGGAUGAUCCUCAAGAUUCUUCCAAAACGGAACCUAUAUCGAAUACAGAAGCACCGGAAGCUAAAGAACUCAAAUCUGAUCCAACUGACACCGUUCCUGAAAAGUCGACAUCUGAAGUGAGGUACGAAGAAGAAGUAGACGAAUUGCUCGAUGGCCUAGGCCCAAGAUAUGAAGAUUGGCCGGGAGAUGGUCCACUUCCAGUCGAUGCUGACUUGCUCCCCGGCAUUGUCCCCGGUUUUCAACCUCCCUUUAGAUUACUCCCUUACGGCGUUAGAUCAACGCUCGCCAGAAAGGAGGAAACUUCUUUGAAAAGGCUUGCUAGAGCACUGCCGCCACAUUUCGCGCUAGGAAGAAGCCGGCAGCAUCAAGGAUUGGCCGCAGCCAUGAUAAAGCUAUGGGAAAGAAGUUCGAUCGCAAAAGUUGCACUCAAACGCGGCGUUCAGCUAACAACGAGCGAGAGAAUGGCAGAGGAUCUUAAGAAAUUAACCGGGGGAAAAUUGCUCUCGAGGAAUAAAGACUACCUAGUAUUCUACCGAGGGAAGAACUUUUUGUCGCCGGACGUUGCCGAAGCAUUGCUGGAAAAAGAGAGACUGGCAAAGGCCUUACAGGACGAGGAAGAACUAGCGCGAUCAAGAGCGUCAACAUUAGUUACAACGAAUGCGGAAGAUACUGAUGAGUCGGGAAUCGCCGGUACACUGAAAGAAACACUGGAUGCCGACACCCGAUGGGGCAAUCAACUGGACGAUGACCACAAGGAUAAAAUGAUGCAAGAAGUCGAAAUCUUACGGCACGCCAGCAUCGUAAGGAAGCUGGAGAAUAAACUUAAUCUCGCUCUAAAAAAGAUAACGAAAGCUGAACGCGCCUUGUCUAAGGUGGAGGAGUCUUUAAAUCCCGCGGAUCGUUCGGAGGAAACCGAAAGCCUCACCGAUGAGGAAAGGUUCAUGUUCCGAAAGCUCGGUUUACGAAUGAAAGCGUUUCUACUUCUUGGUCGGCGCGGAGUUUUUGACGGGACAGUAGAGAACAUGCACUUGCACUGGAAAUAUCGAGAACUUGUCAAGAUCAUCGUCAAGGCUCCGAACAUUGAAGAGGUUAAGGAUAUUGCCCUUGCGCUCGAAGCCGAGAGUGGCGGCGUAUUGGUUUCGGUAGAUAAGGUGUCAAAAGGAUAUGCCGUAAUAGUUUUCCGGGGAAGGGAUUAUUCGAGACCUCCGUCGCUUAGGCCGAAGAAUCUGUUGACGAAAAGGAAAGCCUUGGCACGAUCAAUCGAACUUCAAAGGCAUCAGGCACUUUCCGACCAUAUAUCAAAGCUGCAAGCACGAGUGAACCAGCUCAGAUCAGAAAUUGAACAAAUGGGAGUUGUUCAAGACCGAGGAGACGAAGAACUUUAUAACAAACUGGAUUCAGCUUAUCCAUCAGAAGACGAGAACAGCGAGGACAAGGAAGACGAAGCUGAUGUUAUGUCCAAUGACAGCGGAACUUACACGGAUGAUGAAAAUGUCGAUCUUGUUCAUAACGACUAUCUGGAAACAGACGAUGGUGUUGAUGAUGGAGGCAAUGGCGCUGCGCGUAAUGCCGGUCCGGACACAAAUUUUCCUUACAACUUCGUAUCGGGACCCGGAAAUUCCGAAGCUCUAUGAAAGGAUUAGUUUUCAUGGCAAGAUCUAUCAGGUCUGAACUGAACUGUUAUUCUUGAGGAGCGUAGAGCUUUCUGGGUUUACGAUUUACGGACAUUUACAAAAUGUUAAUGUUGUCUUCUCUUAUUUUUCCUGUUCUCGUUUUA